GACAUAUGUAGACGACAAAUCUAUCUAACUCAGAUCAGUCUGAUAAAGAACCUCUCUCUCUCUCUCUCUCUCUCUCUCUCUCUCUCUUUGAUGUGGUGCUUUCUUCUAUAGAUUUCAAGAAACUGUCUUCAUAAUUAUAAUUUAAACAAUAUGGUUGUGUAGACAAUAAUAGGAGAUGUGGAAAUGGGCUCUCUUGAUCCAUGUUGUGUUCUUUUCCAACACUGAUCAAUUACUUGUUUUAGCUGACAAAAGAAUGGAAGGAGAAGAAGGAACAUCUACAAUGGAAGAAAAGAUGAGAAAAUUUAAGAGAAUUUGUGUUUUCUGUGGUAGUAGAACAGGUUACAAAUCAUCAUUCAGUGAUGCAGCCCUUCAGAUUGGAAAACAACUGGUUGACAGAAAGAUUGAUCUAGUGUAUGGUGGAGGUAGUGUAGGAUUGAUGGGGUUAGUAUCGAAAACUGUCUUUGAUGGCGGUCGACAUGUUCUCGGAAUAAUUCCUAAAGCCCUCCUGUCACACGAGAUAUCAGGAGAAACUAUAGGAGAUCUAAAAGUAGUGGAAGAUAUGCAUCAAAGAAAGUCAGAAAUGGCAAAAAAUGCUGAUGCUUUCAUUGCCCUUCCUGGUGGCUAUGGAACCAUGGAAGAAUUAUUAGAAAUAAUAGCUUGGUCUCAAUUCGGAAUUCAUGAAAAACCAGUUGGAUUGUUGAAUGUGUGUGGCUACUAUAAUAGCUUACUUGCAUUGUUUGACAAAGGAGUGGAGGAAGGUUUCAUAGAAGAUUCAGCAAGACAGAUAGUUGUUGUAGCAGACUCAGCAGAAGAGUUGAUCAAGAAAUUGGAGGAAUAUGUACCAGUACAUGACAGGGUUGCACCCAGACAAAGUUGGGAAGUGAACCAAUUGUUGGUGUCUGAGUCUACUACAAGUGUGACCUCCCAAAAAUCGUAGAGAAUUAAGCUUUCUGUAUAGAAAUGUUUUCACAAAAGCUGUCAUCUCGGCCUCUGUCAAAGAAUUUGUCAAGGAAACUUUACAAGUAGUAUGGUUGAAUCUUAUAUAUAUAUAUAUAUAUAUAAACUCACUCAUAUUUGUAUUAAUAUUUAUUCAACG